UUUCAGAUUAAAAAACCGUUUAAUUUCAUGUGAAACUAGAAAUCUGUUGAUCUUAUACACGUGUAUAAUAAGAGAAAAAGCAGAUUGCCAUUCGUUUUAUUUUUCUUCAAAGAUAAAUUAGACAAAAAUGAAGGUUGUUCUAGUUGCUGUAAUCGCUGCUGCGUGUUUGAUCAGUGCCAACGCCGAUUCGCAGUGUGAAGAACACCGCCAAAGAGAACUCGAAUCAAAUGCUCAUGUAAAACUCGUGCCUAAAUGCACACGAGAGGGAGACUAUGAAGAUCUUCAAUGCUUCGAAAACUCCAAUUUCUGCAUGUGCUGGAGACCUGAUGGUAGCCAUAUCACCGAUCCUUCUAAGAAGAUCAAGACAUGUACUUGCCAUGUUCACAAAGAUCGAGAGCUAUCAUUAGCCGCCAAAGGAAUAAUUGGAAACUUCAUACCCAGUUGCCAUGAAGAUGGUACUUAUGCCAAGAAACAGUGCCAUGGAUCUAUUGGACUCUGUUGGUGUGUUGACGAAGAUGGUAAAAAAGUUUCAGAAUCUGUAAGAGGAGAUCUUGAAUGUUAGAAACGCAAUCUUGUAAAUAAAUUUUUUAAUACAUACA